AUGAACCAUCCACCCCCUCCAGCACUCCGCCAUCCACCCCCACCCCCGCCAGCACACCACAUCGACCUGCUCCGCGAGCUCAUCCGCUCCGAGAAGACCUUCACAAACGACCUCUACACGGUCAUCAGCCGGAUAGCCGCAGCCUACUCGCCCUCCAACUUCCCCCCCGCACACCUCGACCGCCACUUCAGACUCAUCGAGGCCAUCUUCCGCGCACACAAGGCCUUCCUCACCCAGUCCAUCCAGCCCAUCGACCCGCCCCACCCCACCUACCCUCUGCUCACCUUCCUCGCCCUCUUCACCCAGCUCCUCCGCCACCUCCUGCCCGUCUACCACCGCUACUGCCACCCCACCGGCUGGGCCGGCGCCGGCGGCUGGUCCCGCGACCCCCACGUCGCCUCCAACCAGCUGCUCAUCCACACCCUGCUCUCCCUCGACUGGCCGGCCAGCAUCCCCCCCUCGCCGCCGAUCUUCCCCGAGGCACCCUACCCCGCCGACGACCUCCUCCUGCUCGACGCCCACUCCACCCCACACGCCUCCCUCACCGUCUUCUUCGCCCUGCCCUUCGCCCGCCUCUUCUACUACCGCAAACUCGCCCACUUCUUCCUCCACUCCCUCCAGCACGGCAGACCCGAGCACAAGUCGGCCUACGACUCGGCACAGCAGAUCAGCCUGCUCAUCGAUCGCGGCCGAGCCCAAUGGAGCAUCUCCCCCCUCCAUCCGCCGGCCGAUCCGAUCGCCAGCCAACAACGCCCUGCUGCUGCUGUUGCUGCUCAGCUCAGCCCCCCUAGACAGCUCUCCCCUGUCCCACCAACAGCUCCCCUUCCCCAGACCCACUCAGCCCCUGUCCCGCCUGCCCUCAGGUCCUCGACCGAGACUGCCUUGAGCGGUCUGGCUGAGAGCAGCAUUGGGAGCACCACCGAUGAAGUAUUCGAUAGAACCAACCCCAGCACCCCCCUAUCAUCCUCCAGUCACACCUUUGAGGCCCAGCAACAGGCAAACGCACUCAAACCUCAGCCGGAUAUGGUCCAAGUCAACCGCGGCGUGUUUGUUCAGCAGGCGAUCAUCAACCUCCAAACCCAGCUGGACACCAGCCGAUGCUUGGACAUCUUCUCCAUGGCCCCCAAGCAAUGCCGUCUUCUCCUGGCUCCUCCCACCCUGGCCUACUCAAGAUCCUUACGAUACAGCGGCGAUGCCAGGUUCAAACUGCGCCCCCAGUCUGAUCCAAACCGCGAAGUCGAAACCCCCUCCGGCCGACUGAUUCUGAUCACCGAUCUCUUGAUGUUUUGCGAAUACAAGGAACAGUGCUCCCCCAACCAUCCCAACAUGUGGCUGAUGUAUCCCCCCUUGGCUGGAAAACAUCUGCAAGUCAACCCCGUCGGUAGUGAGACCGACUUUGAAGUGAUUGCUAUGGGCAAAGAAGCGGUCAGAGUGUCUGUCAAUACGCAGGCUGAGAGAGAUGCUUGGGUCCAGCAUCUACAAGAAGCCAUCGAGUUUGGAAGACAAGUUGCCCUCCAAAAACAAAUGAGCCCUGUAGCUCCAGCUGAAAAUCGCAACCAAGCCCCGCAUGAAGAGAGCAGCAACUCGCUAAAAAACCCAAAGCUAUCUGCGCUCACCAACCUGUCCAUCAACGGAAUCCCACCGAGGCUCGGCACCCAAUCGCAGCCGAUCAGUCCCAGCUUUUCGCACAGGAGCGAGCGUCCCCCGUCCUCGUUCUCCUCCCAUCUCGAGCACCAGGCCUCUCAACUGGCCUCGCCGCCCUUUCCUGGCCAAUACAGCAGAAGCCCUUCAGACGCUGGCGGAUCGCUUGCCAACCAGAUGGCAAUGCAUUCCUUAGGCCCACCGCCCCACGCUCAGAACGGUGUUGCGGGACAACCGUUGAGGAGUCCGAGCACGUAUUCCGAAGGCUACCGCUCCCAACCAGCCCCCCCGCCCUCGCAUUCGGUCGGCGAAGCUGGCCAUCCCGGGCACCCCAUGGCGAUGCGCACGCUCCGCAAAGCGCCGUCUGCACAUGCCCUGGGGGCGCGCUUCGAUCCGCGUGCGGCGAAUCUUCCGCCGAUGCCGAUGCCGAUGCCGACCCAGCCGUCGGAGGACAUGAGGCAUCCCGCGGGCGUCCCCGCGCCCAUCCGCCGCUCGACGUCCACGGAGCCGUACCGGGACCGGCAAUACCGGCCGCCAUCGGCGGCGAUCCAGCGGGUGCACGAGCGGCCGGCGUCGGGCGCGACGUCGGUCUCGCGGGCGUCGCGGCCAUUGGUGCACGGCGGGGCUCGCUCGGACGACUCGGACUCGGAGUCGGCGGCGAGUCCGGAGGACACACAACAGCAGGCCGGGCCGGCGGUGCUCGCGGCAGAGAUGAAGACCAAAGUGUUCCUCAAGCAGGCCCAUUCCCAGUGGAAGGCCCUCGGCCCCGCUAAGCUCCGCGUCUUCGUCCAGAAACCGAACAACAUCAAGCAGCUCGUCGUCGCCGCUGACAAAGGCAACAAGACCCUCAUCUCCACUAUCGUCCUCUCCGACGGCGUCGAACGGGUCGGCAGGACCGGCGUCGCCGUCGAUAUCUCCGAUCGCGGCGUCCGCACGGGCAUCGUGUACAUGCUCCAAAUGAAGAACGACACCUCGGCCGCCGGGCUGUUCGAGCAACUGUUGGAAGGCUCCGACCGGCGCCCCAAAUAA